GCUAGACUCAUAAAAACUGCAUGUAUCUCAUAAAGAUAAAGAAAAACAAAAAGAAGCUUUAAAAAUAGUGAUAUAUUAAUUUACGAGAAAGAAAUGGUAAAUGCUAUGAAUUUUAUGAAUCAUCAAACAUCACCAUCUCUGCUUCAAUGUUGCUCCUCUUAUCCUCCUAUGAUCUCCAGGGGGAUGCCUGGAAAAAUGGUGUCAAAAUGCUCACUUGAAAAUCCCACCUGGAACAAGUAUGUGCUUAGAAAUGUACUAUCUGGUUUUGCAGCAUCAUUAAUUUUUCUUUCCCCAACAAAUCAGGUUCUUGCAGCAGAAAUAUCUCAAUAUUCCCAUGCUAUCUGCCAGCUUGCAAGUGCUGCAGAUAAUAAAGUAACCUUUCCACUUGAUGAGAGCUCUGAUGAAAGAAAUGGGAAGCUUAUGAUGAUGAGAGGUAUGACGGCUAAGGAUUUUGACCCAGUCAGAUAUUCUGGAAGGUGGUUUGAAGUAGCUUCUCUCAAACGUGGAUUUGCAGGACAAGGUCAAGAAGACUGUCAUUGUACUCAGGGAGUGUACACAUUUGAUAUGCAAGCCCCAGCUAUUCAGGUUGACACCUUUUGUGUUCAUGGUGGCCCUGAUGGAUAUAUUACUGGUAUACGAGGAAAAGUCCAAUGCUUGUCAGAAGAAGAGUUGGAGAAGAAAGAGACUGAGCUAGAAAGGCAAGAGAUGAUCAAAGAAAAGUGUUACCUGAGGUUUCCAACAUUACCAUUUAUCCCCAAGGAGCCUUACGAUGUGAUUGCUACUGACUAUGACAACUUUGCUCUUGUCUCUGGAGCCAAGGACAAAAGUUUUGUUCAGAUUUAUUCAAGGCGGCCUGACCCUGGAGCUGAGUUUAUAGAGAAAUACAAGGCUUAUUUGGCGAACUUCGGGUAUGAUCCAAGCAAAAUCAAGGACACCCCACAAGACUGUGAAGUGAUGUCUAAUAGCCAGUUAGCUGCAAUGAUGUCCAUGUCUGGGAUGCAACAGGCAUUAACAAACCAAUUCCCUGACCUAGGAUUAAAGGCACCUGUUGAAUUUAACCCAUUUACAAGUGUGUUUGACACUUUGAAGAAGCUUUUGGAGCUCUAUUUUAAAUAGAAAAUGAAUUUUUUUUUUUUUAAUCUCAGAUUCAUGUACAACUGCUAUUGUUUAACACUAGCAACAUUCUUUAGAAAUUAUUAUCUCUUGUAAACGCUGCAAAUAUGAUAUAUAUGUAACAUUUCAAACA